AUGGUUGCUCAGGACAUAAAGCUGGAAUACGAUCGAAGAGCGAACAUGUUUGGACAAAAUCCAAAUUUUGCGACAUCGUCAGCUUGGCCUCAGCAGAGCUCUACACAUAGUUCAGCAUCGUUGGCAGUGCAACCCUCUGUCAUUGAUGGUGGCUCGUUUCUGAAUGCUCCGCUCCAGGAUUCGACUAAUGCCUACUCUCCAAACAUGUCUUUCAGCAAUAGUUCUGGUUUGUCGCUGUCUAGUCAGACACAUGUGGGCUUUCCUAUGGCUGAUCAUAUUCCAUCCACCUCUACCCAGAAUCCUCAUAGCGGUGCUGUGGUCACGCAUCAACAGAAUAAUACUGUAACAAAUGUUCACAAUCGCUCUUUACAACGCGAAUCCGGCACUUCUCCUUUGAGAAAGUUAAGCGUUGAUUUGAUUAAAACCUACAAAGGCAUCAAUGAGAGUUAUUAUGCACGAAAGGCGAAAAGGCGACAUGAGCAAGAGCAUCAUACACAUGGACUUCAUGCAACAACUCUUUCCGAACAUCAUCAUACUGCACCACCACCCAAACAAGCCGUUUCACUCAAUCAACAAAUUACUUCAAAUUUGAUACAACAAAGCCAUCCACAACAUGUCCAUCAUUCGAUAUUUUCUCAAGCUGCUUCUGUCCCUUCAUUGUUGCAUCAUUUGCAUGUGCAGGUUGUUGAAAACCCACGUUCUGGAAGUCACAACAACGGUUAUGACGAUGAUAAUCAUGACUAUAUCAUACAUCCCGGUGAACUUUUCAGUAAUAGGUAUCAGAUUGCAUGUCCUCUUGGCAAAGGUUCUUUUGGACAAGUUGCAAAAGCGUAUGAUACUGUGGAGCAGCAGGAUGUCGCUAUCAAAAUUAUAAAAAACAAAAAGCCAUUCCAUGAUCAAGCUCAAAUUGAAAUCCGGUUGCUUGAAAUGAUGAACAGUCAAGAAUCUGAAAGCAAACAUUACGUUGUGAAACUAAAAACUCACUUCAUGUGGCGUAAUCACUUAUGCCUUGUUUUUGAACUUCUUUCGUAUAAUUUAUACGACUUAUUAAGAAAUACUGAUUUCCAUGGUGUUUCGCUGAAUCUCACAAGAAAAUUUGGACAACAAUUGGCCAGUACAUUGAUGUUUCUUUCAUCGCCUCAGCUAAAUAUCAUACACUGUGAUUUGAAACCAGAAAAUGUUUUGUUAUGCAAUCCAAAACGUUCUGCAAUCAAAAUAAUCGAUUUUGGUUCAUCAUGUCAACUUGGUCAUCGUAUUUACCAAUACAUACAGUCAAGAUUUUAUCGUUCACCUGAAAUUCUGUUGGGUUUGCAGUAUGACACAGCCAUUGAUAUGUGGUCUCUUGGAUGCAUACUGGUUGAAAUGCAUACUGGUGAAGCACUAUUCGCUGGUACUUGUGAGCACGAUCAAAUGAUGCGCAUAAUUGAAGUGUUGGGUAUGCCACCAAAUCAUAUGAUUGAAGCUGCGCCGGCAGAAAAACGUAAUAAAUUUUUCGAGAAAAGUGAUGAUGGGAAUUAUCUGUGUAAAGAAUCACGAGAAAACAAGCGUUAUCGAUCACCAGGAUCACGCAAGUUGGCCGAUAUCAUCGGUGUAGACACAGGUGGACCAGGAAGUCGACGCCUUGGCGAAUGUGGUCAUACUCCUGAAGAAUAUACGAAGUUCAAGGAUCUUGUGGAACGAAUGUUGACGUUUGAUCCGCGGGAACGUAUUGGACCAUACGCUGCAGUUAGGCAUCCUUUUUUCUCACGUAGAAGUGAUGAGUGUGUGACUCUGGGUUCUGCUAUCGCUUCGCAUUCCAGAACCUUGCAGCAACCGGUUACAGUAUCCAAUGUUCAGGUUGCCCAACCUCAUUUUAUUGAGGAACACUCAGUCAGUCAGAUGGAUUGCGCGGAUUCUAUAGCUCAUUCACAACGUAUACAUUUGCCGCAACUUAACCAGGUUCUUGGUCAACCGAGCAAUUACCAACAACAAACAGGAUCAACAAAUCAGAAUUUAUUUCAAAUUGCUCAACCUUUCGGUUUGUUACCUCAACAAAUGCAACAGGGACCGAAUCAAAAUCAACAACAGCAUCAGCAAAGCAAUUCGAUUAUUUCUAGCACAGAACAUCAGUUGCAAGCUCCUCCACAUUUUGUAUCUAGCUUGCAGAAUUCAAUUUGGACAUCCCCUGAACAGGGUGACGAUACACGAUAUGACCAUCAUUCUCAGCCGUCAUCAAAUCUUCAACCAUCUCAAAGGAAUUCACUUUUGCCACAAAGUCGCAAUCUAAGCUUUGAUGGCACAGUAGGGAAUGGUCAGGUAUCACAUCAGCGUCCUAUACAGUCUUCAACAAACGGUGCUAGAACAAAUCCGACAUCGGUUCUGUUUCCUAACAACUUUAUACCACAAGCCCAGCAACAACAACAAACAGCCCAAACUGGUUUAUCAUCAAAUUCAGCAAAUGCCGAUUUCUCAUAA